CGUGUAGUGGAGAAGACGCUUCGUGUGGUUCUCUCUGGAGUUUGUUGCCUUAUAGCUGGCACAGAGACUUGUUGCAGAUGCAGAUCGAGAGAGAAGUGAUGCUGGGACAGUACCAACGGUAUGGAAGGAUGCUCCAGAGGAUGAAUGCUACCUUGCAGAUUGUUCUGGAAGUAGAAUUGGUAGUGAAAGCUUUCCUGUCUCAUUGAGAGAUGGUGAAGAAAUGCUGUUGCCUUGG